AUGGAGGGGGCGUGUCAUGUGAUGGAGGGGGCGUGUCAUGUGAUGGAGAGGGCGUGUCAUGUGACUGAGAGGGCGUGUCAUGUGAUGGAGGGGGCGUGUCAUGUGAUGGAGAGGGCGUGUCAUGUGACUGAGAGGGCGUGUCAUGUGAUGGAGGGGGCGUGUCGUGUGAUGGAGGGGGCGUGUCGUGUGACUGAGGAAGAGGAAGCUGGAGCCUCAGUCACAACACUCUGCCAUGUUUCCCAGUCCAGCUACCCCUGUCCUGCUGCUGCUGCGGGGUUUCCACAGCCUCAUCAGAACCCCCUCCAUCAGUACCCCCCUCAUCAGAACCCCCUCCAUCAGUACCCCCCUCAUCAGUACCCUCCUCAUCAGAACCCCCUCCAUCUGUACCCCCCUCAAGUACCCCCCUCAUCAGAACCCCCUCCAUCAGUACCCCCCUCUCAGUACCCCCCUCAUCAGAACCCUCCUCAUCAGAACCCCCUCCAUCAGUACCCUCCUCAUCAGAAACCCCUCCAUCUGUACCCCCCUCAUCAGAACCCCCCUCAUCAGAACCCUCCUCAUCAGAACCCCCUCCAUCUGUACCCCCCUCAUCAGAACCCCCCUCAUCAGAACCCUCCUCAUCAGAACCCCCUCCAUCAGAACCCUCCUCAUCAGAACCCCCCUCAUCAGAACCCCCCUCAUCAGAACCCUCCUCAUCAGAACCCAGGGAUGGCACCAUAUCUACAUCCAGGACCAGGACCCCUGCCUUAUUAUAGACCUAACCCUGUGCCCCCCCUGCUGUGCCCCCCCCUGUGUGCCUCCAUCCUGGUCCUUUUCCACACUCCCCCAGAGGACGCCACUGUGGUCUUAAAGGUCACCAUAGAUAUCACCAGCCUCACCAUUAUCGCCAUGGAAACCACCACAUGCAGGGUGGGUUAG